GCCAGCUUUUGCCUGUGAUAAAAAGAUAACAUUCAGUGGACCACUCCAAUUAUCAGAACAAUAUUAAUUCUUCUGUCAGUUGAUGGAUGACAGUCAAAGGCUCUAUAUUUGGAAAAGAAACUGAAAAGGAAAAAAAAGAGAGAUUGAGAGAGAGAGAGAUCUAAACCAUGAAGGAUUCCUUCAGGAUCAAACAAGGUCUGUAUCUCUUACUUUUGUUCUCUGUGACUGAUAUACUGUGUGUUUCUAUACAUUAUUCUGUGCCUGAAGAAAAGAAAAGUGGGUCUCUGGUGGCUAAUGUAUUGAAGAAUCUAAAAUUGGGAAUUGGGGAGCUUUCUGCUCGCAGAGCCCAGCUAGUAUCCAAAAGCUCUAAACAGUAUUUCCUACUUGAUAACCAUUCUGGGAAUCUCCUCCUAAAUGAGAAAAUAGACAGAGAGGCUUUGUGUGGACAGACUGAACCUUGCUUACUUCUUUCUCAAAUUGUGCUUCAGAAUCCUCUGAAGAUCUAUAAUAUUGAAAUAAAGAUAGAAGAUGUAAAUGACAAUGCUCCUAAAUUCUCAAAAGAUGACUUCCGAUUAGAAAUUCCUGAGAUUGUUCCCCCAAAUACAAGAUUUCCCUUGGAAUCAGCCCAAGAUGAGGACCUGGGAGAAAACAGCAUCCAAAACUACACCCUCAGCCCUAAUGAGCAUUUCUGCCUGAGUGUGGAAAACAAUAUUGAUGGAAACAAGUAUGUGGAGCUUAUCUUGGAAAAACCUCUAGACAGGGAGAAAGAAGCACACUUUGGGUUGACACUUAUGGCUGUGGAUGGAGGGGUACCACAAAGAACAGGCACAAUUCAAAUUAAUAUUAAUAUUCUGGACAAUAAUGACAACUUCCCUCAAUUUAUUCAGUCUGAGUACAAAGUAAAGUUAAAAGAAAAUAGUCCUCGAGAUACUCUUGUCUCCAAAGUGGAAGCCAGAGAUUUGGAUUUUGGUUCAAAUGCUCACAUCACGUACUCUUUCCAUCGAGCACCUGGAAAAAUAUAUAAUUUGUUUCAUUUGAGUGAAAUGACUGGAGAAAUCACUGUUUUGGGUGAAAUUGAUUAUGAAAAAGAAACCAGCUAUGACAUGAUCAUCAAAGCAACUGAUGGAGGAGGCCUUUCUGGGCAUUGCAAAGUCCUGAUAGAGGUUGAGGACAUGAAUGACAAUGCUCCUGAGGUGUCAGUCAUAUCAAACAACAGCCCUUUGCCAGAGGAUUCUCCCCUGGAGACACUUGUUGUCCUCUUCAGUAUCACUGAUAAAGACUCUGGAGAAAAUGGCAAAACUCUCUGUUCUGUGGAUAUGAACCUGCCCUUUGUAUUAAAAAUGACUGGGAACCAUUUUUACCAGCUUGUGAUUCAAAGUCCCCUGGAUAGAGAACGGAUCCCUGAAUAUAAUGUCACCAUCACUGUCAUGGACAGGGGCUCUCCUAGGCUCACUUCAACAAGAAUUAUUCACAUUCAGAUCUCAGAUGUCAAUGACAAUCCCCCAGUAUUUAAAAAGUCAUUGUUUGAAAUGCAGAUACAAGAAAAUAAUAUUCCAGGACUGCUAAUUGGCUCAGUUAGUGCUGUUGAUCUAGAUGUGGAGCAGAAUGCCAAACUAUCCUACUCAGUUUUAUCCGGGGAAGUUGGGGGUGGCCCUGUGGCUUCUUACAUCUCUAUCAACUCUGAAACUGGAAAUAUGUAUGUCCUUCGAUCCCUGGACUAUGAGGAGAUAAAAGAUUUCAAAGCCACUGUGAGAGCAACUGAUAGUGGUAUUCCUUCACUGAGCUCAGAUGUGAUUGUUCAUGUCACAAUCACAGAUGAAAAUGACAACACUCCCUUCUUCUUGUAUCCCCUUCAGAACAGUACAUCACCCUGCAAUGAGCUGCUCCCCAAGAUGGCGGAGGCUGGUUACUUGGUCACCAAAGUGGUGGCUGUGGAUGGAGAUUCUGGUCAAAACUCUUGGCUCUCCUAUGAACUGCUGAAGGCCACAGACCCUGGCCUUUUCUACAUAGGAGCCCAGAAUGGAGAAGUGAAAACCAGGAGACCACUAACCGAACGAGACACAAACAAACAGAAGCUUGUUAUUGCUGUCAAAGACAACGGUGUCCCUCCUCAGACCAGCACUGCAACACUCAGUGUACUACUGGUAGAUGGUUUUUCUGAUCCUUAUCUGAAGGUGGUGGAUGUGCAUCAACAGGAGCAUGAAGAUGAAGGAACUUUGACCAUGUACUUGGUGAUCUGCCUGGCAUCUGUCUCUUUUGUGUUUCUACUUUGUAUCGUUUCCUUUGUUGCUAUCAAAAUGUGCACAAGAGAUCCCAGAGGCAGUUUUAUUGCUGCCCCUCCUCACUUUCCCCCUGCCAGGCCUGAUAUCCCAGAGAACUGUACGGAUUCCCAGAGUGGGUCACUUUCCAGGAAUUAUCAGUAUGAUGUUUGCUUAACCGGUGGAUCCUUAAGCAGUGAGUUCAGAUUUCUCCGACCUCUCAUUCCUGUUUUUUCUGUGGCGGACCCACACAUGCCUGUGAACCACAAGACCUCUUCUGGUUCCCAAGAAGUUCCUGAGUGUUUGGAUGACAAUAAAUCAAGAGAGCAGGUGAAGUAA